AUGGACAGACAAAGUCCCCUUCAUUAUUCUAAGCUCAUCAGCAGCUCAUCGCUUCACACCAAUCAAACACCACCUCAACAACAAGUCGACUCUAUUGUUCCUGUUUCAGCCAUGAAGACCUACGCGUUUAUAGCCUCACUUUUUGCCUCAGGUGCUCUGGCCCAGAGCGCUGUAGCUGAUUGCCACCGCGAAAAGUCCCCAGAUUGGAAAGACUGCGACAGUCUCUGGAAUACCCUAGGCUGGAGAGCUGGCAGCCCCAGGGAAGUCACCCGCAACUGCGGCAGAGACACAGACAUCAAGUCUGGGUGCCUUGUUUACUACGAGGGCUCAUGCCAAAUCGCCCAGUGUUUUACUAGCGAUGCAUGCGUUGGCACCUCCGAGGGACUCAUGGUGACGUCUAAGAAGAUCGUCGAGAGUCAAUGCAGACGCGAUGACCUCGGUGGUCGUUUCACCGACGGACCCAACAAGUACUUUGAGAUUAUUCGCUACACGGGUAUUCCUAGCCCUCGCCGUCGUUCUGUACCAUUUGGACAGGAGGAAUACUCUCUGGCUGAGUACGAGCGCAUCUUUGGAAAGGACCGCGACAUUGCCUUCUCCAAGGUCAUUGACCAAGAUGACGGCAAGGUCGAGAAGAGAGAUGGCAAGUGGAUCAACCUUGUUACUCGCCAGGGUGUCAUCAAGCCCGGUGAGCGCAAGCGAGUCAACGCCAAUGAGCUCGCACCCGGUAUUGAGCAGACUUGGGAAGAGUCUUCGUCUUACAGCAUCGAGGUCGGCGCCACUGCUGGCGUGUCUGCUGGUCUUUUCAAGAUUUUCGAGGCAUCGGUGCAGAUCAGCACUAGCUACACUGAGUCCUUCAGUGCCGGUAGUUCUCUCAAGUACAGCAGUGGAAACUGUCCCAACAACGCCAAUGUCUACUACGCACCUGUCUACACCAUGUACGAGGGUAAGUUUUCUGACCGGGAUGGCACGUAUAAGAUCUGGGUUCCUCGGAACGUAAAUGGUGUGCUUGAGGGACGAUUUGUUGUUGAGUGUGUUGGAACUACUCCCGCUUAA